AUGAUCAUCUCGAGGAAUGUGUCUGUAAAUCUGAAGACGCGUAAGUGGGUGUUGCACACCCUCAUCGAUCCCAUGAACGCUCCCGGCGGGUAUCUAGUCUUCCCGGGGGUCUGUUUGGGCUGCCGUAUACAGUGGUCACGCCUCUGUGCGAUGGUGCAAAGAGUGCUAAGUCAGGGGAGUCUGCACGAACGGAACGCAUCCAUCCAACCACGGAACGCGGCCUGUUUAGGCGAGAAGGAUCAGAGGUGGAGGAAGCGGCGAGCAAUUCCGAAGAUCAUGUGCAAAUACUGCAUGAUUCUCCUCCCGCGGGUCUCGCCUAGUAACCGAGCCCAGGUGUGGACAAGUUUAAUUAAUUUGAGUACACUUCGCCGGUGGUACAUAAACUCGGAGAUCGUUGAGCUGGAUAAUAGCGGAUAUGUGACAGAAUCGCAAAGCACAGCUGCGCGUUCGCCGUUCGUCAUGGCCUCUCCCGAAAUAGACCGAGAUUCUCCGUCCAUACGAAUCCACGCAAUUAAUGAUGCAUAUUGCUUGCAGGCAGGCAUGAAAUCCAAACUCAUCGAUGCUUUGCAAGAUCGGGCAAGAUCUCUGCAAGGAAGGGUGCUGUACCAUGACACCAAUUCCUCAACAUGUGGCACAUUACUUGCCUUGCUCUGCAAACCCUGGUGA